AUGAACAAACACAAGAAGCCUUGUGCUGACCAGGCUACAAACCUUGAGAAGUUCGGUCCUGAAAUUGUGUCUGAAAUUGAGAAGCUCUUCACAAAGAAGUUUUCCUACAGGAAGCCUGUGAACAAUGACUGGCAGCUCCCGAAUCCCAGCGAUGCCUUCACGUGUGAUCACAAGGAGCUGGACUCACUCCUGGCUCUGAAGGACUCCAUGAAUGAAGUGAAGAACCAGCUGAGUGAUAAGAAUUUGGAGGAGUGGCACCAGCACACCUCGCUUACCAACAAAGCAGGGAAAAUAAUCCCCCAUGUGAAGAAAGCAGUGAAUGCUGAGCUGUGCACCCAGGCCUGGUGCAAGUUUCACGAGAUCCUGUGCACGUUCCCUCUUCUCCCUGAAGAGGCUCUUCAGGAGGGAGAGCUGAACUCUGUCCACCUCUGUGAGGCACCUGGAGCUUUUAUAGCCAGCCUCAACCACUACCUGAAAUCCCAGCAGGUCCCCUGUGACUGGAAUUGGGUGGCCAACACCCUCAACCCCUACCACGAAGCCAACGACACCCUCAUCAUGAUCAUGGACGACCGGCUCAUAGCGAACACGUUGCCCUGCUGGUACUUUGGCCCAGAUAACACUGGUGAUGUGAUGACUCUGAAGCAUCUAACGGGGCUUCAGAGCUUUGUCAGCCACAUGAGCACAGUUCACUUGGUCACUGCUGAUGGCAGCUUUGAUUGCCAGGGAAAUCCAGGUGAGCAGGAGGCUCUGGUCUCACCCCUCCUUUACUGCGAGGCUGUCACUGCUUUGAUGAUCCUGGGCACUGGGGGCUCGUUGGUUUUGAAGAUGUUCACCCUGUUUGAACACCGUUCUACCAACAUGCUCUUCCCGCUGAACUGCUCUUUUGAGGAGGGCCAUGUCUUUAAGCCAGCCACUAGCAAAGCUGGGAACUCAGAGGCCUACGUGGUCUGUCUUCGUUACAUGGGCAGGGAAGGGAUCUACCUGCUGCUUUCCAAGAUGAUACAGAACUUUGGAACAGAAAUGGUCAACAAAGCUCUUUUCCCUCAGCACGUGCUACCAGAAUCUUUUCUUAAAAUACACGAGGAGUGUUGCAUGUUCUUCCACAGGUGGCAGGUAGAGACUAUCUCUGAGAACAUCCAUCUCUUUGGGCACACAGAAGAGGCAGAGCAGGCCAAACUGAACAAGCUGAGAGACUGUGCAGUGGAGUUCUUCAUGCAGAGGCUUCACAUGAAACCCAUUGCCAGGAGUAACUGGCUGGUCAAGAAAUCUCAGGCUGGUUGCAGCAUGAAUGCAAAGUGGUUUGGGCAAAGAACCAAGUAUUUUAGGACAUACAAUGAGAGGAAGAUGCUGGAGACCCUCACGUGGAAUGAUAAAGUGGCAAAGGGCUAUUUUAAUCACUGGGCUGAAGAACAUAGUUUAAAUAAUGCUGGUAAAAUGUGCAUCUUGGAAAGGUUACCUUCCAACCUGGAGUGUGGCUUGUGGUACAUUUUGGAAGGAAAAAGACUCCCAGUGGUAAAAUAUUCUCCAUUUUGUGAUGGUCAAGUCUUGGCCAAUCUUAAUGAAGCCAUGAGGGACUUGGGGGGUGGGGAGCUGAAGCUCAGCCAGAUGCUGCAGAGUUGUCCCUCCUGUGAAGUUCUUCCUGGGGAGGUGAUACUGGCAGAAGUGUUGGAUCUUUCCAGGUGUCAUCAGGAAAUCCAAAAGGAAAGGUGCAGGGACCACUUCAAGUGCCUCGUGGUGGGCUUUCCAUCCUUCUCUGAUGCUAGAAGCCAACCUGGGAUGGAAAUCCAGCUCCUGGACUCAGCCACACUGAUGGAUUUCAGCUUCUCCUUGCUUUAUGAUGGAGAACCAAAGUACCAGCAGCAGCUUUUGGAGUGUCUUCUGCACUCCUUGGCUCAGCUCACAGUGGGAGACUCCUUGAUCUUGCCUGUUCUCUCUUGUUUGACACGUUUCACAGCUGGCCUGGUCUUUAUCCUGCACUGCUCUUUCAGAUGUGUCACCUUUGCUGGUCCCACCUCCCACCAGCCUCUGAGGACUAGUGCUGCUCUGCUGUGUGUGGGUUUCCAAGGCCUCCAAGCUCCAGUUGUUGAGUACCUGCAGCAUCUGGACCAAAUCCUCAGCUCUUUACUGGACACAGGCUCCCCCCAGCAGGUGUUGCAGUUUGUGCCCAUGGAGGUUCUCCUGCAGGGCAAGUUCCUGGACUUCCUGUGGGAUUUAAACACAGCCAUUGCCAAGAGACAGCUCCACUUGCUUGUGCAAGCCAAGCAGCAGGAAGUGACUAGUGAUCUUUCACUUUAA